AAAAGAAAAAAAAAAAAGGAAAGAAAUGAAGCACAUUUUCAAGAAGCUACACAAAGGCCAUAAUCACGAGCCUAAUCGGACCAACGAGACGCCGCCGCCGCCGCCGUCUCGCUCAUGCGCCACCGAUCAUCAACGUACCAUGUCCGGAAACUCUCCGACGAGUCCCUCGACGUCAUCGCCUGCCCGGCUACUGUUCCGCCGAGCUCCGGGAACACUACAGCAGCGUCGACUGUGUCGGCAAGUAAUAGUACCGAUUACAUGUUGUUGGAGGAGGAGUUCCAGGUUCAGUUAGCUCUAGCGAUCAGCGCGUCGAAUUCGGAGGAUCCCGAGAAGGAUCAGAUCCGCGCGGCGACUCUGCUGAGCUUGGGCGGCCAUCAUCAGAAGGGUACAGGCAGGGAUAGGGAGGAGGUGCUCGCAGAGGAUUUAUCAAGACAUUAUUGGGUGAGUGUUCGUCAACUUUCUCCUUACACAUUUUGAGGUCGAAUUGGAUUCAAGUUGGAAUGGACUUCGUAGUGUUGAUGCUGGUGGAUGGAUUGUAGUGAAUGAGCUUACUUAAAUUAGGGGCUUUUGGUCUGUGCCUAUAAGCGAUUUUGAAUUUCUGGGAAUUAGAGCAAGUUACCAUUGAAUUGUGUAAAUAUGGCCAUUCAGAGAUUUUUUUUUUUUUUGGUGAAGUAAACUGUAACCUUGAGUAUUCUAGCAUCUUGGUUUUUUUGUGAGUUAAUCCAGUGGAGUGAGCAUGAGUUGGAGACAAGGACUCUGAUUUAAAGAAGUGAUUACUUAGGUAAUGGUACUUAAUCCUAGCUCUUCUGAGAUCUGGCAGUGAUCCAUUUUUGGAUGACGGCAAUUAAUGUUUUGGAACACUUAAUGCUGAAACAUUAAUUUUAAUUGGAUUCAACAGCGUUGAAUGUGCAUGAAUUAGGUUUGGAUUGCUGAUUAGUGUUGGCAGUUGCUGCUGGUUGGUUUUGGGGAUUGAUAGGGUUAAUGCAAUUUACUAUCAGAUUACGUAAAAAUGCUGAAUUGCAGCAUCAUGAAGUCUUUCAAGCUAUGAAAUUGUAGUGGAUGAGGCCAUAUGGGUGGACCUGUUAAGGAUGCUAAUAUAAUGUCGGCAAGGUGGAUGGAAAGGAGGACAGAAUUGAGAACAUCUCUUCAUACAAGUUUGUUGCCUAUUGGCCUAUUGGGUCCAUUAAUUUAGGAUUGUCUCGGCAUCGUGCUUUACUUUUCAAGGUUAGUUAUUUUGUUUUUUGGAAAAAUAAUUAGGAACUUACGUA